CCCGAACCGCUCUCGGCGGCGCACUGGGAUACGCGAGCUAGCGAGGUUAGAUCGGGGCGGAGGUGUAAACCGACGCGAAAUCAUGUUGAUUUAUUUGUGACAGGCGACGGCGAAGGGACUCGACGGGAACGUAAAAUGACAGAGGCACGUAACUGUUGACGACAGCCGGAAACGCUCCACCCGCGGACAGCGAGCCUCUCGCGAUGGCGGACAAUAACCUGGCCAAGGUUUUCGCAGCCGAGGACUUUAACCCGGAGAAAUUCGUGAAGGAGCUGAGCGCACAAUGCGUCGGCGCGGACGAAUUGAGGCAGCAGCGUGCCAAGAUUCAGGAGCUAGCGAACAAUACGUCCGCCCAGCUGAAGCGGAACGUCUACCAGAACUACAUGCAGUUUAUCGAGACCGCCAAGGAGAUCUCGCACCUGGAGAGCGAGAUGUACCAGCUGUCCCAGCUGCUGAGCGAGCAGCGCGCCUUGUUGAGCACUCUAGGCUCCACCAGAACGACGGGGGUUGUCUUCGAGGAUCUGUCCGAGUCGCAGCAGGAGAACCCGGUUGACUCUGUGUCCAAGGAAGAGGAGCAGAAGCAGAAGCUUAUUCAGCUGAUUGAAAAUGUGGAAGGCGCUCUGAGCUUAGCGGAGACUCCGGGACGCGUGUGCUUGCACGAAGGUUCCUUGCUCGAGUUGGAUCCGCUCGAGGGUACGCCGUUAAAGAGAAUCCACGCGUACUUGUUCAACGACGUCCUGAUGGUCGCGUCCUGGCUGGCGAACGGUGGCAGACGCGGCCCGCCUCGAUACAAAAUGCAGGCAGUUUAUAAUUUAGAAAGCCUGGCGAUCGUCAACGUGAGGGAUCACGGCACUGUGAAGCUGUCGUUCAAGCUGUUGGCCUUCUCCGACACGAGGGUGUUCCAGUGUGCCACAGCGACAAGUAAAAAAGAGUGGCUAGACAAGUACGAGCAGGCGAAACGGGCAAAGCUGGCGGAGGAGAAUUCGGUCGACACGCCGGACAACGACAAGCAUCCGAAGGAGGACAAAGCAGCGCCGUCUCGCUCGAUGUCUUUGGAAUCGAAUACCUUGGGAAUGGACGACGACGACGACUCGGAGUACUACGAACCGCCGCCGGAGUGGGUGCUGGAAGUAGCCGAGGAUCUGGACUCUUGCAUAGCGCAACGUCACUUCGAGGAAGCUUACGGUUUAUUGGAGAAGGCGAAGAUUUAUUUGAAGGAUGCCGAAUCAACGCCGCUACUGACGGAGAUCCAGACGAAGGUGAACGAGAGAGGCCGCUCGCUGGUUAACGUGCUGACCAAGGAGCUCGAGUCGAGCGCGGAAGCAAAGUCGCUGCAGGGUGGCGGUUUGAGGAGCGCGCGACGCGCGGUCAAGCUCCUGAUACAGCUGAAUAGGAGCGCACAAGCGUGCCACUUGUAUCUGCGAAUGUGCAGCGCAGUAUUGAAGGCGCGGCUGAAGAGAAUUAAGCGGGACGGCAUGACCGUGGCUUACGUGAAGCAGCUCAGCGCGAUCGCCUUCAGCAAUAUGGUGGAGAUAGCGAGAGAAUUCCUCAAGACCUUCCCUAAGUCUACAAACUGCACUUCCGGCUUGGUUGUAUGGUGCAGCCAGGAGGUGAAGCACUUGACGUCACACCUUUCUCAGCAACUGUUUGUGCCGCAGGUUACGCUAAGCACACUGGUGGAGUGCAUCGUCGCUGUUCGAAGUCAUUGCGAUCAAUUGACCCAACUUGGCAUGGACUUUCGUUACCAGUUAGAUGGACAACUUAGAUCUCCGUUAGCCAAAGCCAUUCAGGUCGCGGGAGAAAACUGUCUUGAUACGGUGAAACGUUUCGUAGCGGAGGAUACUUGGCGGCCAACUAAUCUGGAAACUAGUCAGAAUCUCCAGAAGUUGUUAACCGAGCUUGACGACCUCGGUAUCGGUAUACCAUCGUUACAGACGAACGACUGUUGGAUACCGUUGACGUACAAUACACUAACUUUCUCAAAGAUAUACGUCAGUUUAUUAGAAGACUGCCUUAGCGUAGCCACACCCGAGCUUAUAUCGACGAUAGACGGCGUGCUCGUGUCCGUGAUGCGGGUCGAAGUUCAACACUUCAUCGUCUCGCUUACGGAUCCGAAAUUGAAGCAAGAGCGAAAAUUAGUACAAAGUAACGCAGCCUACGUGCGCGACGUUAUUAUUGCCCGAGGCCUGGAAUUGUACAAAUCCACGACGAACCAGAAGUUCACGAAGCUGCUCGCUCUGAAAGAACAGAUCGUAUUCGAGUCCCCAUCGCCUACGAAACCGAGGCCGGCUCCGAGAACUUCAGUCCCUAAAUACUCCACCACGGAAUAUCUCUAGAUGGAAAGAGAUGCCGAACCGUUUAAUUUAUAGCCAGAGAAAAUUAUUCGCAGGAACAAAUGCUUACGUGUAUGUAUAGGUAUAUGCACACGCGAGAGAGACGAUGUAUUAUAUUGUAUAUAGAAGAUUCUCUUGAGUAAUAAAUACACGUUAUCAUAGCGAGACGAUAUAGAAGUGAUUCGUUGCACUUCUAUAUGCAGGUAAAUAUUAAUCGUAAUGCCAUCGUAGAACCGUUGUAAUAUCUCGUAGAUUAUUUAACAAAACAAGAGAAAUUUGACAAAUCACAGACUACCGCGCGGUUUCUCUAAUGGUGCGUAUAAUGCAGUAAUUUGUAAUAAUGUUGUAACAUAUCUAAUAUGUUGAAUUAUUUACACGUUUAAUUGGACAUAUAUAUAAUUUAUGUAUGCCUAUGAUUAUUUAUAUAAUAGCACUAUUUUGUACUGUU